AUGUACAGGGAGUGGAAUAUUGGAUUUAUAAUAUGUAAACUGUGGAUUAUAUUUAUGUGGUUCAAUGUGCAACAGUUUUAUAUUCAUGUUUCUACGGAAAACAUGGAUUAUAAUAAUAAUAAUCUAAAAAAUAUUCAAGAAGGAAAUUUUGCACAAUGGUAUGAGGAACUAAAGAAUUCAGGUUUGAAAUAUCCAGAUUCUUUUUAUUGUGAACCUUGGAGUACUAAUAUGAGUCAGGAUUUAGACAGUGGAUUACGAAGCUGUAGUGGUACAAAUUUCAAAAUGAAUAAUGUUGGUCUGAAUGUCGCGUAUCAAAUGCACCUUACAGAUCAACAGGCUGUUAAGCUAAUUGUAGGAAAGAAUCUUAUUACUGAAAACUUAUUUACAACAAAUGAUAUUUAUCAGUCUUCCGUGAUCAAUGAAAAUGAUUCCGUUGUCAAAUUCAUUUCCUUUCGGAACUCAGGAAUUCAAGUAACCGUCACAUUAUCAGAAUUGAAUAUUUUUCCUGUUUUCGAGGAUGUUACUUAUGAAGGCGUUAACGAUAUUAUUUUGAAUGCACUACCUGGUACUUAUGCAUUUCGACAAAAGCAACCAUUACUAAAGAUUGCUAACAAAUUUUGUAGAUAUCCUCUUCCAUCUCGAUAUCUUCUAUCACUCAAAGCAUUUCGCAGAAGGCAAACAUUUGGGUACAAACGUGAAUGCAAAAGCGAAUCUCAGAGAAUUACAACUUUUUGUCUGAUGAAUUCACAUACGGACUAUCCUGGCAAUGAAGAGGAGAAAAUACAUUUUUACGAGAGAUCUAUAAAUGAUCAAUGUGGACGUAAUCAAGCAGCUUUCCUUCCACAUGAUCCUAAUUCAUUUUACUGUACUCGAGAUACACCAUUAAUCAAUGAAAUAUUCGGUGAAUAUGUUCAAGAACAAAUUGUGAAAUCAGACUUAAGUUCAUGCAGUGAAUAUAAAAAACUAUGUAUGACAUGUUUAAACCAAACAGAUGAGAAUAAUAAACAAACAGAUUCGCGAUGUUAUGUACAUGACAACAAAAUGGAGAAAUUUCCAGGUAUCAACGCUGGUCACUUCAAAAGUGAAGGAAAAUUUGCUGAUCCUCCUUGUUGUAGCAUAUCGUGUUACAAUACACCUGCAUGUUUAGCAUACUACAGUCCUGUGUGCCAGUCAGAAGUAGACAAAAAGAUAACAUUAGAGGAUAAAAUCUGCAUGGAUGGCAACACAUAUCAUGUAUCAAUUAUACCAGAAUUUGAUUUUCAAAAGGGGAUAUUCAUGUGUCAUUUGAAGAAAACCAACUACUCACUUGGCUUUCGACUAAAACUCUCUAUAGAUUUGUUCAAAUUGAUCCAUCAAAAGAGUUUUCAAAGACAAGUAUUCAAGGAAGCAGAAUUAUCAAUCGAAAGUGAACAUGAAAUUAAAAAUCUCAACGCAUAUGACUUAAACAUCGAUGCAUUGAGAAUUGAAAUUCCCAAUACUAAAAGUGAACAAAAUACAUAUGACAGCCUCAGAGACAUCAUACUUCUGGGACGAAAAAAUGAGACACUCCAAGAUUUUCAAUUCUCCAUUCACCAAAUUCCAAAGUCAACUAAUAUUCAAGACUACAAACCACCUGUAGAACGUGCUUUACAUACCGAUUCAGCUUUUACAACCAUACAAAGCAGUAAACCGCAUGCUUUUAGUUCAGUCAACUGGAAAAAUGAAGGCUGUGACUUAAAUGUUUAUGAAAAUAUCCUACCAACAAAAGAGUUUUCCGAUUUUCUAGCUAAAGGUCAACCAGUUGACAUUUAUGCAAUCUCAAAUACCAACAGAAAUGCAAUAAAUUCAAUAUUAAGUCAAGGCGACAAUGUUUAUUUAGAUAAACCGCACAAUUUUCGACUAAACAAUAAACAAACCAGUUUGCCAAGUGUGAAUAUCAAACUGUCAGGUAAAUAUUGA